GGGCGCAGGAAGCGGCCUGGUCUGGGGGGAUGUGGAGAGCCGGCAUGGCUGCUGGGGAAGGCCUGGGACCGGCGCUCAGGGCGGUCAAGGAGCAAGUGCAGCAGGCGGCGGCCAGCAGGCCUCAGAGCUUGCCUGCUAUACAGCCUCGUCUUGUAGCUGUCAGUAAAACGAAACCUGCAGAAAUGGUGAUCGAGGCCUACAACCAUGGGCAACGCAGUUUUGGAGAAAACUACGUCCAAGAAUUACUAGAAAAGGCAUCAGAGUCUAGGAUUCUCUCUUCUUGUCCAGAGAUUAAAUGGCAUUUCAUCGGCCACUUGCAGAAAAACAACGUCAACAAACUGAUUGGGGUACCUAACCUCUUCAUGCUAGAAACGGUGGAUUCCAUAAAACUGGCAGACAGGGUGAAUGCUUGUUGGCAGAAGAAAGGCUCUUUGGAGAAGCUCAAGAUUAUGGUGCAAGUGAACACCAGUGGCGAAGACAGUAAGCACGGGCUGCCACCUGGAGAAGCCGUGAUGACAGUGACACAUAUCCUGCAGAAAUGUCUCAGCUUGGAAUUUGUGGGCUUGAUGACCAUUGGCAGCUUCGGGCAUGACCUGAGCAAGGGGCCCAAUCCUGACUUCCAGAUGUUGUUGUCUUUGCGUCAGGAGCUGUGCGACAAGCUCAACAUCCCCCUUGAGAAAGUGGAGCUGAGCAUGGGCAUGUCGACGGACUUCCAGCACGCAAUUGAAGUUGGAUCCACAAACGUCCGGAUCGGAAGCACGAUCUUCGGAGAGCGCAGUUACCCCAACAAGCCUUCCAAUGACAAAGCCCCGAGGGAGAUCAAAGGCAAGGUGGAGAACCUGGCGGUGUAGGAGCACGAACCGAGAAAGCUCUGGAGGUUCCCUCAGCUGGGGCGAUCUAUUCUGAUAGACUUACUAUGCACUAAACUUUUUCCCUUUGUGCUCACAGCGGUGGGGGUGUGUGUGUGGCAUUAUCAGGUAAUCAGAGGGCGUCGCAGGCACUUCGUCACCUGUAAUUUUAAUAUUGUGUGUCCAUAGAGAUCGACUUUUUAAAACCAGCAAAUGAACGCCUGUGCUUGACAAGUGACUUUUGGCACCUUAGCUGCAAUGACUUUAGAUAGCUAAAGUGGAUAACCAACUAACUUCUGCCCUAUUAGCUCUGGGCACGAAACAUUUCCAGCAGUGACCAUUGCACAUUUCUAACCAGAGACAUGUUUUCUUUUUAGUCGUAUCUCUCCCGCCCUCUCCCGAGGUGGCAAUCCCUCAGGCAUACUUCGUCGUCCAACCCCCUUAAAAUGCUUUAUGGGUAAACAGCUGCGCUGUGUGCAGACAGAAGGAUCCGUGCAGAGAUCUUAAUGACGCUAAGGAAUACCUGCUCAGCACUGGGUGGCUUGAUGAGUGAUAGACAGAGGAAAGGUGGGUGAGGAUCUCCUUGCAAGCUUCAGCCAAUAGUCAUCUUUCGUGCCACAGAUUUGGAAGGGAUUUUUUUAGGUUGAAGUCAUCCUCUUAAAGACCAGCCUUGAUCACUGGUUACAUAUCACCAUCUGUUUUGCUCACUAAACAUCCCUUUCAGCCCUGCUCUCGCUCUCGAGUAAAUUUAUGGUCAGAGUAGUUCCGCGCGGUAGCCGUACGUCCCGCUCAACAAAGCCGAGGAGACUCCCGUCUCUGCCGCUGACUUGCUGCGUGAUCUUGGCCGAGUCACUUAACCAUACUGUGCCUGCGCCCCCUAUAUUGAUAUACGGGGCUGACCUACCUCACGUGGCAAACGGAGAGGCUGCCAUGCGUGGGAAGUUUCCUUGGGACGCCUCCUUUCCCCCCCCCCCCCAUCCCCCCAUCAGAAAGGCAGGACUGUAGAGGAAAGCAGUCUUAUACAGAAGGUCAAGGAAGAUCUAAGAGCUGACAGUGGUUUGAACAUUCGUCUGCAUUUAUGGGUGUGCAUGUGAGGUGGACUAGGCGGGUCUGCAAGUAGCACGUAUGCAAAAGAACUGUUACCCCAGGCAACUAGCAAACCCCCAAGAUUUCAUGCAAAGCAUAAGUCAUCCCAGACGUUGGGUCCCAAGUGGUAGAAUGUAACAGUGUGUUUGUAUCCCCACUGUGCACACGUCUCCAUUUUCUUUAAAGAAAGAAGGAACCUCGUUAAACCAGCCACAACUCUGGUUUCACAAAAAACUCAUCCACGUGUUCAUCCUUCCUCAGCAGUAUGCCCAGUCCGUGCAAAUCUUUUUCAGUGGAAUCUGUUUUGUAACUCACAUGUUGACAAUCUACUUCAAGGCCCAGCCUGCUGCUAUAAAUGACUUCAAUCCCUGGUCGAAAUACCCUUCUUUCCCUCCUCCCCCCCCCCAACCCAUAGCUUCCUGCGUGGUUUGUCUUUGGGUUAAUCCAGCAGUGUGUCUUGGGUUAAUCAUUGGAGAAGGGAGCAUAGGUCAGUGAUGCAGAGCACAUACUUGGCCCACAGAAGGCCUCAGCAUCUCCAGUUUAAAAGGAUUGGGGAGACGGUUAUGAGAGCAACCUCCUGUCAAGUCCCCGGAGAGCCCCUGCCAGUCACAGAUGGAUGGAUACUCUGAUCCAGCAUAAGGCAACUUCCUGUGUUCCUAGCUGUGGGAGACACUUGGUUUUUUUGCACCCUGGACACAACUCUGAACGCAACUGCAAAGAACGAAACAUCCAAACGCCAGUGUUCCACUACAUGGGUGCAACGCUAAACAGUCCCAGCUCCUUCCUUCCCCGUGCUCCACAGUGCAGUGUUCUCAUUGUGUGUUCAGAGUAAAACCAGUUGUGGAUCAAAAUACUGUACCAUCUGUGCCAGUUACUACAGUUACUAAGCUAUUAAAGAUGUUAUUUUUUUUCCUGAA